CGGGCGGAGGCGUCCAGUUCUGUGCUGCACGUCACUGCCAGUGGAAGUUAGAGAGAGACACAGAGGUCCCUGUCAUACGUCUCACGUGUCAAAGUGGGGGGAACGGAUAAAAGUGUUUUCUCGGGAUGCACGGAGCGUUCUCGCGGGCGAAAUGAUAUUAUAGUGCGCCAGGCAGUGCGUCACGGACAGGUACUGUGGGCGUGUGUGUUUGUUGUUGUUGUCGUUAGGUGGUCAGUACGCGCGUCCUCCCCCGACGCGGAGGAGGGACUGGAACAAUUUCGAUGAGGAUGUCGGUGCUAGGGAAGAGACAGCACUGCUACCUGUGCGACCUGCCGCGCAUGCCGUGGGCCAUGCUGCACGACUUCACGGAGGCGGUGUGCCGCGGCUGCGUCAACUACGAGGGCGCCGACCGCAUCGAGCUGGUGCUGGAGGCGGCGCGGCAGAUGAAGCGCGCCCACCAGGGCAAGCCUCCUCCGCAGCAGAUGCACGCGCGCGCCGGCGUGCACGAGAACGGCACGGCGGGGCUGGUCGAGCUGACGCCCGGCGCCCACGGGGGCGGCGGCGGCGGCGGGGGCGGCGGCGGGGGCGGCGGCCGGCAGGCGCAGUCCCAGCAGCAGCAGCAGCAGGUGGCGCCCGGGCCGCCCCCGCCGCCUCCGCAGGGGUACGCGAUGCACCACUCGCGCAGCAGCGCGGCGGCGGCGGCCGCGGCGGCGGUGGCGGCGGGGGCGACGGGCGGGCUGCUGGCCGAGUACCAGCCGGUGCCGCCCCCGCCGGGCGGCGCGACGGCCGGCGCCGGGGGCGGCGGCCGCUCCUCCGCCCCCGAGCACGACAUGGUGCGCGUGCGGCUGCCGCACCUGUCGGCGACGCACCACGCGCUGGCGGCGGCGGUCGCCUCCCACCGGCCCCCGGGGGGCCUCAAGCGCGGCCUGUCCGCGUCGGCCGACCCGGGCGACGACGACCACGGCGCCGACUCGAAGCGGCUGCUGGCCGACGACCACGGGCCCGCGGGGGUGGGCCGGCCGCCGCUCACCAGGGGGGAGUCCCUGCCCGCCGUCUCCAUCAGCACGCCGCCCUUCCUCGAGAGGUCCUUCAAGGACAAACACCCCAUGAGGGCGCCUUCCUUCGACACGGCCACCGCCUUCAAGAGCAACGGAUACCCGGGUGUGGCGAUGAGCGUGAGUGCAGGUGGAGCGGGCUCUCCGCUGGGUCCGCGCACCAACACGCCUCCGGAGUCUGCGGCUGCCACGGCGGGCGGUGGUGCUGGAGCCGCUGCCCCUGGACAGUCCCCCAUGGCUGCUCUCAUGUCAGUGGCAGACAACUUGCCACCCGGAUCUCCGCGCUCUGCAGGAGGCAGCCCUCCGGGGCCACCGCGCUCUGCUUCCAGGGGCUCCCAGCAUUCUCCCAACUCCUCAGGUUCCACGGGGAGUCGCCGUAGCUCGGGCAGCCGGACUGUGAGCUCGACCACAGUGACCACGUCCAGCGAAGCGGACGGUGCGGGUGCCGGCGCCGGUAGUGGUGGAGCCGCUACCGGGCACGACGGAAAUUCCACCGCGGCCUCGGGACCCGGGCAGACGCCGGCGGGGACCGGCGGCAGUGCGGCGGGGACCGGCGGCAGCUCUGCCACGACACUCAAGUGUACGCUGUGUCAGGAGAGGCUGGAAGACACGCACUUCGUGCAGUGUCCUUCUGUUCCACAGCACAAGUUCUGUUUCCCGUGCAGCAGAGAGUCCAUCAAGAGGCAGGGUGCAGGUGCUGAGGUAUACUGCCCGAGUGGUGAAAAGUGCCCACUGGCUAACUCCAAUGUGCCAUGGGCAUUCAUGCAAGGAGAGAUUGCUACAAUCCUGGGCGAGGAGUUCAAGACGAAGAAGGAGACCUAGGGGUACGUCCAGAUGCAGAGGGUCAGAACGAGUCGUCGCUAGUCGUUAGCCUCGGCAGGGGCACGAAGGGGGGGCGGCAGCGCCUGUGCCUGCGGAGAACACCCCCGCUGCCGUCUUACUGCGGCUGGCCGGAAGGGGCCUGAGGAGAGCCCUCCCUUGUCUUUUUGGUCUAACGCUGCGGCCCCCCUUCCCUGAGAGAGUGGAGGGGGUACACCUCUAUUGUUUGUCCGGUCACUGGAGAAAUAAUGGGCUGUCACAGAAUGGCAGUGUGUCAUACUUAACCCUGAAGCUGAGACCUUUUCUAAAAGCAACAAACAAGUAAAUCUGCUGAUGGAAACAAUGUUGGUGAUAUAUUCUCUGAGACCGUUUGUCAAACUGUCUUGCCAUUUAGCUGUUCUUGGUGACCAUUUUGUGUAUAUAGAAUAACCUUCCAUGGUGCGGAAGGGUGUAUUUGGAGUCUUCUUGGGAAGGUAUUAAGAAUUUUCCUGAAAUUGUACUGCUGUUCAGAAGUUUUGAUAGCAGUUUUUGAUUUAAUUUGCACGGUGAGAAUUACGUCCUCUGAGACUUUUGUCAGAAUUGUUUUUAGUCGGACUGACUGUAUUAGCAGCGCUUGUAUCUAGUAGGGACAACAAACAAAUAUUAUGUAUAUAGUAUAAAAAUCAGUCAUUAAUAAACAUAUUAAUAUUCAUAAUAAUAAGAAUAACAACUGAUACCUUUUUCUGAAUGUAAAUACGCAGUUUACAGUGCUUCGUGUAUUACACAUUACACUUACGUGAUGUAUUUAUGCGAGGGACAUGCCACAGAUUCACUACUCGUGCAGUACCAGGUAGAGGGGACUGUUUUACCCCUCGCAGAAUCUGUUCCACUUUUAUUGAUCUUUAUAUCGAGCUGCGUAAUUGCGCUAGCGCAAUUACGGAGUUUUUCUGUGCACAAAAGUACACAUCGUGGGGAGUCGUUACAGUGUAUAUAAAUAUAUCAUUUAUUGUAAAUAAAUGAACUGUACAUAGUAUAUAUUAAUUUCCCUUUAUAUAGUGUUGCAUUGAACUGUUGUAGACUUUUUUAAAAUUAAGGCUAACUUGUAGAUCUUACACAGUUAAAUUUUAACUGUAACAUUUCAUGAAAAAGGACUGGAAAGUUUGUUUUUUCCCGAAAUGAUUCCUAGGUACAAACAUUGAUAAACUCUUUUUGACUCUUAGUUUUUAGCACUAAGCUACUUACUAAGUUUAGGAGUGAUUUUUUAACUUGUUUACAAAUUAGGUGUGUAUUCAUCUUUUUGUAUACAAACUAAUAUGUGCUGGACAAAUGUAUUAGUUCAGCUACUCGUUUGGAUUUGAAGGACUGAAAUAAAGAGUGACAGUGUUCAAAACAGGGUUGCACAAUAUUUUUGUGUUUUUUUUUUGUGUGUGGAUGUUGUAGCAUUUGAGAGUAAUUUUGUUGAAUUUACUGUGGUUGAAUGUGUGUGUGUCAAGCCUUGUUUUAUUGUCUGAUCUUCGUGAAGUCUCAGCUACAUACAUUGUUUUACUUUUGUCGAAUGUGUAUAGUAUGUGGAUUGUGCUGUUCAUUUGACAUGUGAGGCUGCCCAUUUCUAAUGAUUUUUAUAUUAUGUUAUGUCUCCAUUUAUGGCUUCAGUACUCUUGUCUCUUCACCGCUUGCAGGCCUGUUAUUGUGAUGAUCAUGUUACCUAUAGAAUCAGAAUAACUCUACUGCUGUUAAUAAAAGAAUGUUCUAAAAUAUUUACGUAUAGGAAAGGAUGGCAAUUUUAUGCAGUUCUGAUAAUGGCUGCAGAUAAUUAAUUUUAUAGAUGAGUUUUCAAAUGCUUUUAAAAUUGUCUUCAGUGAUGUAUGUGUAUGAAUGGAUAAGAAACUCCUGUUUUCUGUUGUUACUAAUAUAUGCUGCACAUUUUAUGUGGAGAGGUUCAGUUUUUUACAUAAUACAUAUUAUCACGUUGUUUUGUUUUGUAUAACCUUUUCACAAUAAAAAAUAGUCAUUGCCAGACUGUACAGUGAAGUACUGUAGACUAAAAGUAAUUAUCACAUGCAAAAUGUAGGUAUCUUUCACACCAGACUUAAAUAGCCAGUGUACAUCAAUAUGUUUCAAAUAUUGAAAUAAAGAGAUUAGUUGUUUGAGGCAAUUCCACAAUCUUUGGUUGGUCAAAUGAGCCAGUUGAUGAAGGGAAUAGAUCCUGAGGUUAUCUCGAGUUCUACAGCUGUGUAAGCCCAAUAUUCUCUUUCUUUGCUGCAGUACAGUGGACCAGAAGCAUCAGAAAAUGAGUCUGGCAGCUUAAUAGCGAUUUUUGCUGUUUGAUCGCAGGCAGUCACUGACUGCUUAUACGAUAAGUUUUCUCACAAUAUGGCAGACCAUUGCUGCCACAUUAUCAGGAAUAUUUUGCUUUUCGUUUUUUUUCUGCAGCAAUUAUUUGUUUUGUUUUUAACUUCCUGUAGCUUUUGCAGUCAUCAGCCACCCUUUAUUGUGUAGUAGAUAACCUUCUUACCCUAGUCAAUGCCUGGACUGCAAUGUCCUAUAAAGGAACUCCAAAACUCGCUGGUGUGUUUUAACAAUUAAUCAGAAUUUGAUUAAAACCCUUGUGUAGUAAGACAAAUUUUAUUAGCAAAACUUAGUACUAAUAGUGUCUCUAAUGAAAGGUAGUUUUGCAGCAAAACUAUCUCUAUUGUAUAACAAGUAACUUUGUAAAAAGGUAAAGAUUUUUUUUGGUCAGUGAUAGCUCAGAUGGACUAUUUUUAAUUAUAAUUGUUACUGAAAUGAUGAAUUAACUUAGAUGUUCCUUUUGCCUUGUACAAAUAAAUAUGUUUGCUGUAAUACAGCUUGAGUUGAAAAUGGUGUGAUAAAUAUGACUUCUAGCUUCUAAACCAUAGCCAUCUAAUUCACUAACAGCUUGUGAAAAACAAAAACACACACACACACAAUUUAUCCUUUCAUUCGCCACUUUGGAAACUUUGGAAACCACACAAUGUUUCGCUGGGUCAAUCGGCCUCCAUAGCUGAGCAGUUAGGUUGGGUCAUUCUGCUAUGCAGAGGGCCUGGGUUCAGUUUCCAGUUCUGACAGGGAUGGUUUCCAGGAUGGGAGAACUGGAAUGAGAGCACUCAGCCAUGUGAAGCCAGCUGAGGUGCCGUUUGAUAGAAAAGUAGUGGCUCAGGAAGUUGACAAUGGCGAGGAGAGUGGUGUGCUUACCAUAGGACCCACCAUUCUGCAUUUAAAUGAUGCCACAGCCAGAGGAUGACAUGUCAGCCUGUUCACGUGGCGGAAUCUUCAGGGCCUGUAGUUCUUUUUUGGGCUGGGUUGACAAUUCCAUUUUUCUGCACGCAAUGUUGUUCUGUUUGAAAUCAAGACAGCAAUAACCAUCUUUUGUGGGUUUGGAAAAAUGGUAGUGAAAAAUGUGAUUUGGCUCUGGCAGACUUGUGCGAACUACACCUUCUAAAAGAUCACACACACACACACACACAAAUUCAGUAGCAGUAGAGGAUUAACUAAAGGAAUAUGUUCUGCUGCAUGAAUUUUGGAACCAAUUAGAAACCGCUCACUGUUCUACUCACUCUCUGGACAGUGACCAUUGCAAGCAGUAAAUGAUUUAGUAGUCCUUCCAUCACUAUAAUGGUGCACACUACAGUUGACUGACACAGUGACUGAAGUCCAAGAAAUUGAUUCAGUGCUGUGAAGUGAUGUUAUUACAGUACGUGCAGCAUGAAUUGCCACGAAUAAUUUAUAAUUCUAAAUUUAUUUCUGAACUGGGUUAGGAAUCUGCGUGAGAGCACGGUACUCUACUUCAAAUGACCUAGAAGCUAUUUAGCAGAAGGAGACAGUGGAAGGAGAAGUGAUCUGCAUUGAAACCUUAACUUAUCAUCAGGAGACUAACGUGCCAAAUUGCAGGAGAGAGUAAGACACUAGUGUGUAGUCACAGUAUGGCGUAUAACUGUUGAAAGUGAAAAAAAAAACAA